AUGCUGCAGCAGCAGCAGCAGCAGCAAGUACUGCUGCAGCAGCAACGGCAAGUAGUGCUGCGGCGGCAACAGCAAGUACUGCUGCAGCAGCAACAGCAAGUACUGCAGCACCAGCAGCAAGUACUGCUGCAGCAGCAGCAGCAAUUACUGCCGCAGCAGCAACAGCAAGUACUGCUGCGGCAGCAACAGCAGCAGAUAUUGCGGGCAAUGCUUCAGCAAGCACGGCGGCCCCCCCAGCAGCAGCAGCAAGUACUACUGCAGUAG